AAUCAUGCUGACAUUAAUUGCACUAUAUAGUUAUUAGUGGCAUUUAACAGACCAAAAUUCCAAAAUUUCAUCCUUGAAUUACUAUUGUUACAAUACAGACAGGUCAGACAACUAUAUGGUAUGCACAAAUUACUCAUAAGGGUGAAUACAGACCAGUAAAUAAAACAUAGAUCCAAACUAUAGUGGCCAACACAUUUGCAACAUUUAAAUAUUACAUCAUUGUGUUGUCAGAAAGCUCUCAAGAGAUGAAUCAGAAGAUAUAUAUAAACAGCCAGUGAUCUCUGCAGCAUGAGGCAGAAUAAGGUGAUGAGUAAGGACAAGAAUUUACAGCAGAGUAAUUUCAUUCAAAGCAGCUCACAAGCAUUCAGACAUUCAUUGUCAUUGUCAUUGUUUGCUCUGGCUGUAAAACUUAAUGUAUACAUGUCUGUGAUGAAGCUUGUGCAAAACACCAAACUCAAAGCUGCCAUGAAUUCUGUAAAUGCAAGUUUUUCACAGAAUAUCUCCAUUGUUCAUCCUCAAUACUUUUUCAUCAUUGGACUUACAGGUAUAUCGCACAGCAAGUAUUACUAUAUAUUCUUAUUUAUCAUUUAUUUUAUAACUGUAAUUGGGAACUCUAUAGUCCUUCUCAUUAUAGCUCUUCACCGGAGCCUGCACAGUCCAAAGUACUUUGGUGUGUUUAACUUGGCCUUGGCUGAUAUUGGUGAAACUAAUGCACUGAUUCCUAACAUGAUGAAGAAUUUUCUGUUUGACUCACAGUACAUCUCCUUCAAUGCUUGUUUAGCAAACAUGUUUUUUGUGUUCCUCUUCAGUAGUUUGCAAAGUGUCACUCUUGUUGUUCUGGCAUAUGAUCGCUUCAUUGCAAUUUGCCUCCCAUUAAGAUAUCAUGCAAUUGUGAACAAUACCAGUAUGGUUUUGAUUUUCUCAGCAAUUUGGGUAUUUAAUUCUUCUGUGGUGGCCUUUUUGGUGGCUUCGAUUUCCAGACUUUCAUUCUGUGAAUCUAAUGUGAUACAGAGUUACUUUUGUGAUCAUGGACCUAUGUUUAGGUUGGCAUGUAAUGACAAUAGCAUUAAUAAGAUUAUGGCAUUUCUCAUCUCAGCUUUUUACAUUGUAGUACCAUUGAUCAUUAUAGUCCUGUCAUAUUUGGGCAUUUUUCUUGCUUUAAUCAAAAUUACAACUUGGCAAGGACGUUUAAAAGCACUAAAGACCUGUGUUUCACAUCUGUUGUUAGUAGGGAUUUAUUUCCUCCCCAUAUGUUGCUCAUACAUUGCUGCAUUGUUGGUUUCUCUCACACCCAAUGCAAGGGUCAUCAGUACGUCUCUGGCAUAUGCUGUUCCACCAAUGUUAAAUCCCAUAAUUUAUGUAUUAAACACAGCUGAAAUCAAAGACAUAAUCCGGAAAGUGGUUAAAAACCGAUCAGCACCAAUUAGAGAUAAUAUUUCAAAAUGACUAAAAUGCCUGUUUAUUUAUUUAAAAUGUAUGCUUGUUUGUUUAUUUAUUUUUAAAAAUUAACAAAUUCUUAAAAAAAAAAAAAUUAAAUUACCUAUAUGAAGACUGCACGCUCAGGCCGCACAGAAGUGAACAAUGUCAGUGAACAAUAUCUUUUCUGAAAUGUAUUAUUUCAAAAAUUAACUUUUGAAUGAGUAACCCAGUUAAGUAAUAUUUUCUGAAAGAAAUAUUUGUAUAUAUGUAUAAAAAUAUAUAUAACAGUAAUGCUAUCUAUACCUGUUAAUCAAAUUAUUUAUUAAUCCAGCUGAUUUCAAGUGUAAGCCUUUAUUGAUUGCAAGACAAAACUGACAGAAAAAAAAGCUAUUUGACUUUUUGUGAGCAAUCGUUACUAUAUUGAUGUAUUCAUGUUAUACGCAUAAUUCUCUGUCAUCUAUAAAUGUAUUUUGAUAGAUUUUCUGCAAAAUAAACUGAGACAUGACAUAAAUGAAAUAAUAUUUCACAAUGUAUUCCUGUUUGAAUUUGUAAUACAAGGGUCCAUUUUGACAUGAGCAUGUUGGUCUGAGAUCUGCCGAUGAGGCCCCUUUAGAUUUUUCUGUACAGUAAUAAAAAAAUGGACAUGAACCCAGACACAAAUACACAUGUGCAAGUUACAGAUUAUUGUGUUACCAUUUUGAAAAAUUCAAAAUUAAGGCCUAUAGCUCUGAUAGCUUUGAAAUGACAAUGAAAGUGUAACUGUCACGAUCGCCAGCUGGAGUGCCAUUGAUAGCCAUCAGAGGGCACUCCACCCCAGACUGUCAUCAUUCAAGAACUACAUUACCCAUAACUCAUUACACAGUCUCAUCAUCCUUGAUUGUCUACAGCUGUUUCUCAUUACCUUGUUUAGCCCACCCUAUAUAAACUCUGUUAACUCAGGCAUACAUUGUGAAGACUUGUUUGUGUCUAUGCUGAAUUUAUGAGUGUGCUGUCUUUUAUGUCUCAUGUCUCAUGUCUCAUGUCUCAUGUCUCAUGUUCAUGUUUUUGAUUUUCUACUUGUUUUCUUGGUUUUUCCUGUGCCCUGUGACUGUUUGGACUGUUUAUCCUGUUUUGACCUUUUGCCUGUUUUGGACUUUGAUUGUGGAUUGCCCUUUCAAUAAAUACUGUGUUUGGAUCCUCAA